UUUUGCUGUUUCAUUUUUACAAUUUCUUUUGUUCAAUUUCUGCUAGGUAUAGUUGUUAAUUGUCAGUAUCCUAAUCUUGUGCUAAUAUAUAUGUUUUCAAUUGAGUGAAUAUUAUUGGUUGAGUUGGUGUACUCAUCUAUCGUGCUAGAAUCUUAGUUACCGAUUGAAUGUUUUGUAGUCUUUAACCUAUUUUUUGAAAUCCUUAAGCAUGUGAGGUAAUUCCUAAUUCAUUUUGUGUGCAGUAUAAGUUUCAAUUGUUUACAGUGUUUGUAGAAUUGUUCCUCGGACCUGAAUCGGAGUGUAGUGAAUUCAAGUGUGUAAGAGACAAAUGGGAAUGGAGUUGGUGACUCAACAAACAGUAUUACCUGAUAUGGAUGAACUUAGUUUCACGGAUUCAGAGCUGGACUAUCACGUAAGGAAUGCCCUUAAAGCUGCUGUCCAGGGUGACCGUGACUUUUAUAACCAGCUUGUUGCAGUGAUACACCAUAAAGACCGUCUUGUUCCGGAGGAGGUGGCCCUUCUUGUGACAUGUUUGAAAGCUCUGACUGGAGCAGUUUCUUGCAUACACAUUGUUCAUCAUCGAUCUCUUCUUGCUGCAAUAUUUGGAAUGAGCUUGUGGAAUUAUGGGACUGAUGUGAUGGAUGCGUUGGUUGAACUUCUAAUCUCCUUGGCUGCAUCAAGUGGUCAAUAUGUUGACUUGUGCUUGGAAAUGCUCGUAACCAAUUUCAUGCCACCGUCUUCUUCAUCUGCUCAUUUCAUAGAAUUCUUGAAGCAACCACGGGGACUUGAUAAGAAGCGCCAAGUUCUGGAUCGCAUCCAUUCAACUUUUCAAGAUAUUGCCAAUUUAGUUCCUCUUACUCCUUUGAGGUUGGAGAAGAUAAUCAGGGAUAGAAUGCCAAACAUAUACACAAAAGAACCUUUUAUUGUGAUGUAUGUGGAGAACAUGUUAAGAUUGGAGAGUGGUGCAGCAGGUAAACUUGUUGGUGGUUCAAUGCUCGUCACAAUAAUGGAUAGGCUAAUAGAUUUAGAUGUGGAAAUUGCAUGGGAUGACAUUUUACAGGAUGAUUUCUGUAAAGGAAUCUUUGAUAUGGAGCUGGAAGACCUUGAGGGGUUUUCAGAUCAAGUUCAACAAGAUGGCAACGAGCUUACUAGGGAAUCUGUGAUACAAAGGUUUUUUGGUGGAAACUUGGUUGCCGAAAAGUUAGAUAGUUUAUUGGUGCUUACAUUUGAACACCUUGAAUCCUGUAGAGAAAGUGGCCGUCUGAUUCAGGUUUUUGAAACACUCCUUCAGUCAUUUCAGAAAACUGUUUUGACUGCAUACAAAUCAAAAUUUGCUCAGUUUGUGAUGUUCUAUGCUUGCUCCCUGGAUCCUGAAAAUUGUGGAAAGAUGUUCACAAGCACACUUGUGAAUAUUUUUGUGAGUGGUGUCUAUCCUGCAUGGAGAAUGAGUGCUGUUGCAUAUCUUGCUAGUUAUUUGUCUCGCGCAAAGUUUGUGGCUCCCUCUUUUGUUGCUACUACACUGGAAAGUUUGGUGAAGUGGUGUUUUGAUUACUGCAAUAACCAGGAUGGUGACAUUAAUCCCAAAGCUCAUAAAGUCUUCUAUGCUGGUUGCCAGGCCAUUUUGUAUGUGCUUUGCUUUCGCAUGAGAUCAAUGAUUUCUGUGCCUCGCCUCAGAUCUCAACUUCUUCUUUUGCAUAUUGAGGACAUCCUUAAGCAUCCUUUGAAACCAUUGCAGGUAUGCUUGCCAUCAAUAGUAGAAGAAUUUCUCCGGCUGGCAAAAACAAAUCAAAUAUUUGAUGUGCCAGACACCUUUGCAGAUUAUGGUAUGCUAGAAUCAGAACUUUCACGGGCUUUUGGUGGGGUAGAAAGGCUCGAUGUGUUUUUCCCUUUUGAUCCCUGCUUGUUAAGGAAAUCUGACAGAUUCAUACGGCCAAAUUUCGUGUAUUGGUCAAUGGUGAGAAGUAGCUACUAUGAAGACGAGGAGGCUGAAAGUGCAAGUGAUGAAGAUAUUGACGAGGUUGGGACCAACAUGGCAGAUAAUAUUAGUGAUGAUGAGGGCAUUGCUCAUUUUGAUGAAUUCGACUACUCUCUAGACAAAAUGUCGAUUACACCUAGGGAUUCAAGCGCAAAAUUUGGAGGCAGAAUACAUGGAUUUGUCCAGAUGCCGUCAAAAAUCAGACCCUCAACUAGUCCGGAGUCCUUGUGAUUUUUUGAAGUGCUUUUCCUCUUGUCGAAAGGGAGGAAAACAGUGUUUGUCAUGUCCUAAGGUUAAUCUGCCAGUUUUGCUUGGUGGUUUCAUUUUUGUCUCCAGAAAGAUGACAGAUAUGGUGUGGCAACGCAACCAUUGUAUGUUCAAAUGUAAUCUUAUUUAUUCUUUUUGUUAGAAGAAAUCGAUUAAGCAUUUAUGGAAAUACUUGUUAUUGUGUGUUAAAUGGAGAUUCCACAUGAUUUAUA